UGAUAUCUCUAGUUCUAUAUCCACUUUUAUUUUUUAAACGUUUUGGUUUUGUUCUGGAGCUUAGUCCUUCUUUAAUGGUCUUCUUAGGCCUUUUGAAUAAAAAUAAUAUAAAAAAAAAGAAUGGUAUGUUGUCUGCAUUCUCGUAUGAUUUUGGAGUUUACUUGCACUAUUGCUGUGAGGGAAAUUGGAAACAAUGAUUAGGGAACAUGUGACNAAUAUUGCCUAGUAUUUUUUCAUUCGAGGUCUGCCUUCCCCUGUACAUUUAACAUCCUUUCGGUGGAUCUUAUGUUUUCCUUCGGAAGUGGAGCAGUUUUCUUGCUAUAUUGUUAUCACAAUAAAGAAAAAAGUAGAGAGAAUAUCUUGCCAUAUCCAACUUUUACUGCAGUGCGUUAUGUUUUCACUUUUGUAUAGAUAUAGCUAGAUGAAAUUUAAUUCUGACCAAGCUGAUGUUCUUGUGUGCAUGAUAAGGGUAUUGUCAUAUCCCCUCUUCUUCCUACCCCCAAUUCUCCUGCAGUCUCCUCUUCAUUUCUGUCUAUAUUAUGAUGACUGGGCCUGCUUUUACGUUAUUUUGGUUGUUCAAGUAUUUUCAAAAUAUGCAUUGGCAUAUGCCAGGUGGCUGCCUGCUUUUGGGUAUAAUUUAACUAUGCAGAUGAAUUUACCUGCNUUAAUAUGUAUCUGCAAGUCAUUUCAUUGUUAUAUUCUAAAACAGAACCCAGGUUGUCUAAACUCUUCUGGUCAGACUCUUGCCAGUUUACAAUUCUAGGUAGAGAAAGUAAGUUAAUCCAUGGUCUANCUCGUUUCUGUAUAAAAUGUGGUAAAUUCUCACAACAAGCUUGAGUCAAGAAACAAGUUUGCGAUAUUUUCUCCAACUGAACUUUGCUUCCAAUUGGCCUCAUAGUGUUAUUGUUUUCUUAGGGAGAUAAAAUGUAGAAUUAAUGUUGUGUUAAUAGUAUCGUGUAAUAUGUUUUUAGUAGGUUUUUAAUAUUAGUUUUUAUGAUAAUUAAACGUAUAACUGAAAACUCUACUGCUCUAUGUAGACCUUCAAGUUUGACUACCUUGCGUAAAUAGAACUACCUGUUCAUGAUUCAUUUAAUUUGUUUUAUUUAAUAAUUGAUAAAUCUAACAAUAGUAGUGGUGGUGGAGGAAGUAAUUGAAAUAAUCUCUUUGCUGUGAUGCAUCAAACGAAUUUGUCUUGGACGACAUAUCUGUAAAGUGUUUAAUGUAGGUUGAAAGAGUGAUUAUAAGUUAGAAUGGUUGUUUAUUGGUUCAACUAAUAAUCCUGUUUAUUGGUUAAAUGGUAAUUCAAUAUAAGUCACUCAUUAGUGAGUGUUUGCAACUUAUUUAUUAUGCCAUGCUGAAUAAGACAAAAACACAAGGAUCCCACAGUCUGUAUCCCUUUUUCCUUAAAAUAGUCUUAUUUAUAGAAUUUCACUAAUAUAAUACACAAACACACACACAUAUCACAAUCAUAAUUUUUUUAUAAUCAUUUUUUAGUUUUUUUUAUAAUUUUAGUCUUAAUCGACACCCAAAUCAGAUAUUUGUCUUAUUCAACACACUUAUUUAUGAAAUUACAAAUUGGCAAAAGUUGAGGAGGCAACGAUUGAAAGAAUCUCUAAAUAUGAUGACUUGUUUUGUCACUAUUACCCUAAUUAUAUCUCUAUACUCAAUGCUUUUCUGGUGAUUGUUGGUGUAUUAUUAUGCUGUUUCACUUUUGUUAGACAUAUGAUUUGGUUAUAUUAGAGAUAUGAUUUCAUUACAUUAAAAAAGGAGAUAUGAUAUGGUAGGGAAAUAUCUCAUCGAUCUGUGACUUGUUUUGUCACUAAUCCUUUGAAUAACUACUUAUAACAGCUGGAUAANUCUGAUCUUCAAGAGAAAUUUGUUAUAGGCACAAAAGUUCAGGCAGUUUGGAGUGAAGAUGGGGAGUGUUAUGAUGCUACAAUCGGGGCUUAUACACCAAAAUAAAGAAGAGGGGUAUUUUUCCACACCUAGGAAAAUAGUGGGUGGAGGGAUUGAGUUAUAAAGGUGUGAUCAAACUCCAAACUUUACAUAAGCUCGUGAGGCUUUCGUAAAAUCAAUUUGUAGAUUCAACUGGUUGAUCCUGCAANUAUAAGGCCAAUUCAAGAAGGUUCUGUAGAUGCUUUGUUAGAAGCUGAGCGAGUCGCGCAGGCUACAAAACAGGCUAUCAAUCGGAAAAUUGCACAAGCUGCAUCAAUUGAUUUACAGUCUCGCAGUCUACCUGCCAAAAUUCGUAUAGAGGCUGAUGAUCCUGAGGAUGUGAUGGAGCAACUUGAAGUCACACAAAAUAAGCGGCAAAAUGCUUGGCAGCAAUUCCAGUCAACCAAACCCAACAAUUGAGGCNGUGAAUCAAUUUUACCACCCUCAAUCCAUUCUACCACCUUCUCUGAUAUCAGUCUUGAGCUCAUCAACAUCAGAUGGAGAAUUGGAUUUCUUAAGGAAACGACAAGUAGUGUGGGAGGAAUCCUUGCGGGACCUAUAUUAUAUGCUUAGGAAGGACAUUUGUAGCCUUUUCUAUGCAAGUUUGCGAAAGCUUGAGGAACAACCUGAGUGGUUGAAGGGUGGAAAGCUCCGUGAUUAUCAACUAGAGGGUCUGAACUUUCUUGUUAACAGUUGGAGAAAUGAUACAAAUGUCAUUUUAGGUGAUGAAAUGGGCCUUGGAAAAAUUGUUCAGUCAGUCUCGAUGCUUGGUUUUCAUCAGAGAAUGCCCAGCAAAUCCAUGGUCCUUUUCUUGGAGUUGUUCCGCUCUCCACUUUAUCAAAUUGGGCCAAAGAAUUCAGGAAGUGGCUUCCUGAAAUGAAUAUUAUCAUAUAUGUUGGUACUCGAGCUAGUCGAGAGGUGAGUCAUAUUGGUUUAUGUGCAAAUGAAGCUAUAAAAUCUGUUGAUAUGUAGUACAUUUUCAGUGGAUUGUCUUACUAGAUUGCAAAUAUGUAUGUGAAUAAAUGAAUUAUUAAAGCAUGUUGGGGGGUUAUGUGGAAAACUCUAACUGAAUUUUAUUUGCUUGUUAGCUGUGAUGAUUUUAUAAUGGUAGGUGUUUAGGGUUUAUGAUAGUUAGUAUAUGAGAGGAGAGGGAAGAGUAAGUAGUUAGUUGUCGGCUUAACUGUUUUGACCAAGGUUGUCAAACUCGAGAGUUUAUGUAAACUCGUGAGAGUCUAGUAAACUCGACUCGUAAACUCUACGAGUUUACUUUACAUGAAAAAAAAAUAUAAAUAACAUC